GCAACUUAGGUCUAUUUUAAAGGGGUUUGCAUAGUUUUUUUUUUUCCAUUUUCUUCUCCGCCAACUUUUCUUGAUAUAAACUCAACACCCUUUUGCCCAUUUAACAAGACCAAAAGAAAGAAAAGAAAUAGUGGGGAAAACAAGAUUAAUUUUCCACUUUCCGUUACUUUGGUUUCUUCAACAACUUACAAGCAUUUCCUUGCAUCGUUUUGGCCUUAUAAAUAAGGUAUGGCUGCAAUAACACUUUACCAAACAGUUGGACCUCUUCAGUCUUGUAGAAAUAAUGGUAACUCUGGAUUGUGUCCUGAUUAUGGGCAUGUUUCCUUAAGAUCGGUAUCCAAGGGUUUCAAGGUUGAUGUUGGAUUGUUGAGAGGAGGAAGUUAUUGUUCUAAAAAGAGAAGUACUUGUGUAAUUCAAGCCUCUUCUUCUCAGGCUGCGGUUUUUGAUGCAGCUUCAGCACCAUCAAGUACCAACUCCAGUGACUCCAAGAAAAAAACAAGUGAAGCUGCUUUGAUCCUGAUUAGACACGGCGAGUCUAUGUGGAAUGAGAAAAACUUGUUCACUGGUUGUGUAGAUGUGCCUUUAACUACAAAGGGUGUGGAAGAGGCCAUUGAAGCUGGGAAACGAAUUAGCAAUAUACCUGUUGACAUGAUCUAUACUUCUGCUUUGAUUCGUGCUCAAAUGACUGCCAUGCUUGCCAUGACCCAGCACCGGCGCAAGAAGGUGCCAACUAUCAUUCAUGAAGAGAGCGAGCAAGCAAAUGCUUGGAGUCAGAUUUUUAGUGAAGCAACCAACAAGCAAUGUAUACCAGUUGUAACAGCUUGGCAACUAAACGAGAGAAUGUAUGGGGAAUUACAGGGUCUUAAUAAGCAGGAAACAGCUGACAGAUAUGGAAAGGAGCAGGUUCAUGAGUGGCGUCGCAGCUAUGAUAUUCCUCCUCCAAAUGGAGAAAGUUUGGAAAUGUGUGCAGAGAGAGCUGUUGCCUACUUUAAGGAGCACAUUGAACCCCAACUGGCAGGUGGACAAAAUAUAAUGAUCGCUGCCCAUGGGAACUCGUUGAGGUCCAUCAUUAUGUAUCUCGACAAGCUAACAUCCCAAGAGGUUAUAAGUUUGGAACUUUCUACUGGAAUCCCCAUGCUUUACAUUUUCAAAGAGGGAAGGUUUAUUCGUAGAGGAAGUCCUCCAGCACCGACAGAGGCAGGGGUCUAUGCUUAUACCAAGACCUUGGCUCAGUACAGACAAAAGCUAGAUGAUGCGUUUCAGUAAUGUGACAAGGGGCUUGCUUUCAGUUGAAGUAGAUGUGAUAUGCCUCUUGGAGACUAGUUUCUCUUGCAAAUGGAGUAAUUUGUAAUUCUUUUUUUACUUUCAAUGUAGUCUUCGUUUAGGUCAAACAACUCGGCCACUUUUGUCAUAAACAUUGUUCUGUAUGUGUUGAUGCUGUGAAUUGUAAUGUAGAAUAUGUGUUGUUUGAUCAGUAUUGAGUAGACAGAAAUAAGACAAUGAGCUACUAGUGUUUUUGUUCAUCUAUACAGCCUAUAAAUAUACAUGGGGGUUCCUUUUACAGCUA